GGGUCGCGUACAGCGUCAUGGCGCGCUUCUUCUGUGCGCUCAGGAGCCUUCCUUUCCGAGAAGUGCCCGGGUGGGGGGUGCGGGGCCGAGCGGGCCGGGGCGGCCUCGGCGCGAGUACCGGACCUGGGGACGCAGGGUCCCUUACAAAGCGGAAGCCGGUUCUCUCCAAGAGUGAGUGGCAGAAGAAGCUGACUCCAGAGCAGUUCCACGUCACAAGAGAAAAAGGGACGGAACCGCCUUUCAGUGGGAUCUACCUGAAUAACAAGGAAUCAGGAAUGUAUCACUGUGUGUGCUGUGACAGCCCGCUCUUCAGCUCUGAGAAAAAGUACUGCUCAGGCACUGGAUGGCCUUCGUUUUCUGAGGCUCACGGGACGUCUGGCUCUGAUGAGAGUGACACAGGGAUCCUGCGACGUGUGGACACCUCGUUGGGACCAGCUCGCACAGAGGUCGUCUGCAAGCAGUGCGAAGCUCACCUUGGCCAUGUGUUUCCUGAUGGACCUGGGCCUACUGGUCAGAGGUUUUGCAUCAACAGUGUGGCACUCAAGUUCAAACCAAGCAAACACUGACUACCUCCAAGAGUCCCCUUCCCUCGCCACUCCCUCAUUUCCAAACUCAAUUUUCAUAAUUUAUGUGAAUGGCUAGUUUUAUUACCUACUAAACCAGGCUAAGUUUGCUGCUAUCACCAAGCAAGUCACACCUUCUCUAACUUACUACCUGGAGUCAGCUCAACCCUGGCUCUGGCUUUGACUGGAAUUUCACAAAAUGACAGAGGGGCAACCGUUUCCAUUAAAUCGACUUCUGUGGGCUUCGCUUGGACCAGAGGGCAUGACUCUUUGGGGACAUUUGGAGGCUGAUGGACAAACCAAAGAAUUCCUACAAAACCACCCUGAACGUUCCAUUGCAGUUAAGUUCUUCAUGGACAUAUAUAGGUGAGAGAUCUAAUGAAAAGAGGAAGGAAAAUAUGGGGUUAGGGCUUCCCUGGUGGCGCAGUGGUUGAGAAUCUGCCUGCCAAUGCAGGGGACACGGGUUCGAGCCCUGGUCUGGGAAGAUCCCACAUGCCACGGAGCACCUGGGCCCGUGAGCCACGAUUACUGAGCCUGCGCGUCUGGAGCCUGUGCUCCGCAACAAGAGAGGCCGCGAUAGUGAGAGGCCUGCGCACCGCGAUGAAGAGUGGCCCCCGCUUGCCGCAACUAGAGAAAGCCCUCACACAGAAACGAAGACCCAACAUAGCCAAAAACAAAUAAAUAAAUUAAUCAAAAAAAAAAAAAAAGAAAAUAUGGGGUUAGACUAAUUCACAGUCCCAGCAUGGAAAGAAGCAACGAGGAGGAGGGUUGUGGAUGAGCCAUGUUUUGGGGGAUCCAUGGGAUGCAUGAUAUUUUUUUCAAAACUUUAUAGACUGUUUUGAACAUUCCAGUUCCAACUUCUCUAUGGGCAACUUAAGUUUCAAUGGGAGUUUGCUAGAUUUCAGUGAUAAUGAAUACAAGUGGCUACAAAGUUAAACUUUAAUUUAGUUCAAAUAAAAUAUUUACUAAAA